ACAGCUUCGUUUAAGUGGAAUCGACUAUUUGUUGGACAUCUGUCACGACAACAACGAACGCUAUUCGAUGAAUGGAAUGUGAUGGAAACAUAUCAGCCACGAGCAUGGACGAUGGGAUAUCUAUUUGAUCCAGAACCACCUACACCGUAUUGUGACGGAAAACCUAGCGAAGAGACCGAUCAGUUCAAGGCUAUGCGAGAUGCGGUAGGUUAUAAUCUUGAAGCUGCGCUUAGCGCGUUAUUUUCAAUAGUGCGGACUAUAUUUUCGCGAUCCGAAUCGGAUCCGGAUCCAAUAUAG